AUGAACGUUGCCACCGCGACGACGCGCCGGCUUGAAAGCUAUGUGAAGGGCCAGUGGGUUGCCGGCAGCGGCGAUGGCGCGCUGCUGACCGAUGCGGGCACCGGCGAACCGGUGGCGGUGAUCAGUUCGUCGGGCCUCGAUUUCGCCGGCGCGCUCGCUUACGGGCGCGAAAAGGGCGGCCCCGCGCUGCGCGCGUUGAGCUUUCACGAGCGCGCGCUGAUGCUCAAAUCGAUCGCGCUGAUGCUCAAUGGCGAGCGCGAUGCGUUCUAUGCCGAAAGCUAUCGCACCGGGGCGACGAAGACGGAUUCGAUGAUCGAUAUCGACGGCGGCAUCGGCACCUUUUUUGUCUAUUCUUCCAAGGGCCGGCGCGAACUGCCCAACACGCGGGUGCUGCUUGAUGGCGAUGUCGAGCCUCUGUCCAAGGACAAUUCGUUCUCCGCGCAGCACAUCAUGACGCCGCUGCAAGGCAUUGCCAUCCACAUCAACGCAUUCAAUUUUCCCUGCUGGGGGAUGCUGGAGAAGCUGGCGCCGACACUGCUCGCAGGCAUGCCGGCCAUCGUCAAGCCGGCCAGCCAGACCGCUUAUCUGACCGAACUGAUGGUCAGGAAGAUCGUCGACAGCGGCAUCCUGCCCGAUGGCGCGCUGCAACUGGUCAGCGGUUCGGCGGGCGACAUGCUCGAUCAUGUGACAGACCAGGAUGUGGUCACCUUCACCGGUUCGGCCAGCACCGGCCGGAUGCUGCGCACCCACAAGGCAAUCGUCGGGAACUCGACGCGGUUUUCGAUGGAGGCCGACAGCCUCAACUCAUGCGUUCUGGGCGCCGACGCCGAACCGGGAACGCCGGAGUUCGACCUGUUCGUCAAGGAAGUGGCGCGCGAGAUGACCGCCAAGGCGGGCCAGAAAUGCACCGCCAUCCGCCGCGCCUUCGUGCCGCGCGGCCAGGUCGAUGCGGUGAUCGAGGCGUUGCGCGCGCGGCUUUCAAAGACCGCCGUCGGCCUUCCGGCGGACGAGGGCACGCGCAUGGGCGCGCUCGCCAGUCAGGACCAGCGUGAGGAAGUGCGCGCGCGCAUCGCCGAUCUGGCCGCCGAUGGCGAGAUCGUCGCGGGCGAUCCGGACAAUCCGGUGCUCGCCUCGGGCAAUCCCGAGGCCGGCGCGUUCCUCAACCCGGUGCUGCUGCAUUGCGCCGAUCCGCACGGUGCCGAAAACGUGCACGAUGUGGAAGCGUUCGGGCCGGUUGCGACCGUCAUGCCGUAUGACGAUGCCGAAGAAGCGGUUGCGCUGACGCAAAAGGGCAAGGGCUCACUGGCCGCGUCAGUCUUCACCAAUGACCCGGCUUUCGCCGAGCAGGUCGUGAUUGGCAUGGCGCCGUUCCAUGGCCGCAUCCUGAUCGGCAACCGCGACAGCGCCAAAUCGUCGACCGGCCAUGGUUCGCCCAUGCCGGGGCUUGUUCAUGGCGGGCCGGGCCGCGCCGGCGGCGGCGAGGAACUGGGCGGCAUUCGCGGCGUCAAGCACUUCAUGCAGCGCACGGCCAUUCAGGGCACGCCGCGCCUUCUGGCGCCGGUGACCGGUCGCUGGAUGGAGGGCGCAGAUGCGGGCGACACAUCCGUCCACCCGUUCCGCAAGUCGCUGGCCGAUCUGCAAAUCGGCGAUCAGGUGGUGACGAAACCGCGCGAGGUGACGCUCGCCGAUAUCGAGCAUUUCGCCGAUUUCACCGGUGACACGUUUUACGCGCAUAUGGACGACGACGCGGCCAAGGCGAACCCGUUCUUCGACGGACGGGUGGCACAUGGCUAUCUGAUCGUCUCGUUCGCGGCGGGCCUGUUCGUCGAUCCGGCGCCGGGGCCGGUGCUCGCCAAUUACGGCGUCGACAAUAUGCGCUUCAUGACGCCGGUCUAUCCGGGCGAUGAGCUCAAGGUCCGUCUGACGGCCAAGGAGAUCAACCCGCGCGCCACCGCCGACCAUGGCGAGGUGCGCUGGGACGCGCAGGUGACCAACCAGGACGCCGAUGUUGUCGCGCAGUAUGACGUCUUGACCAUGGUCGCCAAACAAUGGCCACUGCCUGCGGAGGGGUGA